AUGCAUACAUUUUGCUUUUUGCACAUGUCUGAACUUCAGGUGAGCCUUUAUUUAGCAUCUGGAAAAGAGGGCAACCAAGUGCCUAACCUAAAAACAAUGUUUUGGGUGGUUUGGGUUCGAGGCUCAACUGGUCUCAAAAUGGCAUUUUUUGGCAAACUUUCCAGGAGCAAAUGGGUCAGCCUCUUUUGCAUUUUUUACUUUCUCAUUGCCGUCGCCUUUUAACUUUCUAAUGUCACCAGAAGGAGAGGAGGGAAGAUAAGGUGCUGUCCAUCCUCGAAGAUUUCAGUCCUGCUGAGAAGUCUAUAUAUAUAUAUUUUUUUUUUUUUGCUUCAGUGGAACCCCCUUAAUAUGGUCACCAAUGCAAUGGACCAAAAAAUUUGGCCCUACUAAUGGUGACUGCGUUAAUGAGGGUUCUUUACAAGAAAAUGUAAGCUCGUAAUAACGAGGUGACCAUAUUACCGAGGUGGCUGUAAGGCGAGGUUCCACUUUAUUUGUUAUUAUUUUUUCUUUUUAGAUGGCAGCAACCUCGUUUAAGGCAGGUUACAAUGCAGUAUUUUCCAACAGACUAGAGCACCUAACAGAUGAAACAACGGUAGAUGAAGUUAGAAAACUCUAUGAUGAUUGGGCAACAAAGUAUGAUGAGGUACUUCUGUUUGUUUAAGCAACAGUUUAUUCAGAAAAGUUUGAAAAUCUUUGUGGUUGUGUUCCCGGGAGGUACCUUAUAUAAUGCCUUUUUCCGGCUCCAGGUAUAAAGGAUAGGGCUUGUACUAGUCAGAAUUAUUUGAAAGGGUAGGGAAAUUUGGCAUUUUGGUCUGUAAAGACGCCCAAAAGGCUAACAGAUGCAUUUUUUGGCUGUUAAAAAGUUCUGGUUUUGUGAUAUAUUCAUAUUUAAAGGACAUUACAUUUACAGCUGUUAAAAGGGAUGCAAAGUUCCAAACUAGGUAUGCCAAAGGGGUACCAUUGUCAAUGGAAUUCAUACAAGACAGGUACCUUUUCUGUUUUUCUAACUGUUAUACUUAAAUUGGGUAAGAGGUUGGAGUUUGAGCAAUCUCAUACUUAUAACUGUUGAUGUCGAUCGUGUUUUACAGGAUAUUCUGGAAGUAGCUCGCUUUAAGGGUUUCAGUCCAAUUGUGAAAACGCUUGAUGAUGCGGUCCAAGAAGAACUAAAGGACUUAACAAAAGAAAAUAUUAAGGUGAUGGACGCAGGAGCUGGAACAGGUCUGGUUGGCGUUGAACUUCAUAAAUUUGGCUUUACUACGAUUGACGCUCUUGACAUUUCACCAGGAAUGUUAGAAGAAGCAAAGAAGAAGAACGUAUACAGGAAAUUCAUUUGCGCCGCAUUGGGUGACCAGCGGAUUCUUGAGAUAGAAACGGGAGAAUAUGACGUUUUGAUCUGUGUUGGAGUGUUCGCUAUUGCGCAUGUCCCUCCCGUGGCUAUUAUGGAGUUGAUAAGGAUGGUGAAAGCAGGUGGGUUUUUUUAUACAAGUGAUUAAGGCGUCUUUGGGCCGCGCACAUCAAACGGAAGUGACGCUUUUUCCCUUUUAAUAUUCCUUGAUGCCACUACAUUUGUAUUGCUAAGUGUCUUUACUGUUAUAAAAGAUGAUUUGCCCAAAGAUUAGGGCAAAAACACUGUCCAAGAAUGCAAAUUAUCGACUUCCGGUUGAUUUGCGUCGCGCAAAAACGAUAAAAACGUCUUUGCUUAUUAAUAAGCAACUCGGACGGUGAAGUCCCGGACAUAAAAAAUAGUGAUCGGAAGUUAAUAGCUUCUCUCUUUCAGGGCUUUGACUCGGCAAUUUUUGUACUACAGGAAAACUAAGGUAUUCCAACUCGUUGUGUCAGAAAGAAGCGUUCAAGCGUUUAACCGCUCCAUAACACUCCGUGACAAUUUAAAAGUUGUAGGUGGUGAUGACCACUAAAUGCCGCAAUGAAUUUUGUAGUUUAAAACCGGUUCUGUUAGUCAAAAUAUGGGUCUAAAGAAUCCUUCACACACCUACUUUUCCAUGUGCUGGCCUCAUUUGCUUACUAUGAUUAUGAGGAAUACUACAAAAAUUUUUGUCAUCUGAUUUCGGUGAACAAUGCUAAACUGAAAUGGAUACAGCUUCCGAUAAAAUUGACCUGACCUUUACCAAGUGCUUGUGUAUCGGGGGGAGGGGGUGCUUUGGUUUGUUUGUUUUUUGUUUUUGCUUUUGUUUUCGCGUUUGUCAGGACGCAUCCCAAUCUGUUGUUCCUGUAGCACAAAGGCAGAAAUUUUUGAGCUAUCACGGGCUACUACAAAUUAGCCGACCCUAUUAAUCUUAUCAAGGGCAUCUCGACCGAGAAACUGAACUCCUUUCGACUCGAUUUCGUUUUCGUAAGUGACGAACGCGGAUCCGUAAUCAAUGAUUACCUCUAGUUUUAAACUACUGGCACGUUCCUGAAAAAGAAACGCACUUUUUUGACAGUGCCAAUGUCUUGAGCUUAAAAGUGCUAAAAAAUUGAGGACAUUAUUUCUACGUCUCCUAAUGGAGACAGGACGGUUGGCGUCCAAGCCACCAACUGAGCUGGUCAAUGCUCUCUUUAUGCUUAUGGGCUCCUGUUUCUUUCUGCUUUAAACAGUAGAAGUAUUUUACUUGAUUUAAUAGAAUUAUUUUUUCAUAGCGUCGAUUAUUAUCAAUUUAUUAUCAAUUUAGCUUCAUUGUGUAAUCAUCCUUUGAAUCUUUACUCUUGUAUUUUUAAUGUCCCGCAAGGGGUCUUAUUUGUUGUGCAGUUCGUAACGAUGAGCUGAAAGAAUAUUACGGCAAGAUGAUGGAGCUAGAGGCAGCGGGGCACUGGAAACUAGUCAAAGAAAAAAAGGUUCCUUACUAUGAGCGAGAUGAUCUGCCCACAGAAUGCACUGCUUUUGUGUACAAAGUUUUAAAGCACUGA